AAAAUUGAGAAGCCAAAUCCGUCAGCCAGUCGUCAUGAGCUAAACUCGUGACACUGUUGAGAAAGUAAACACACAAAAUACUAUAGAGCCGACAAUCGACAUCUGCGUGAUCUCGAUCUGCAAGAGAAGCGAGAGAUGGGAACAAAGACACUAAGAUAAUAUAUAUUUAUUUAUCUAUAAUAGUCAACCCGCAUAUGCAGCCCACACAUCCGCAUACAACAUAGUCUAGCGGAAUUGUAUAGAUUUAUCCAACCAAAAUGUCCAAAGUGUUAGUCGGAGUGAAGCGAGUCGUAGACUAUGCUGUAAAGAUCCGUGUGAAACCCGACAAGUCUGGGAUCGUCACCGCCGGUGUUAAGCACAGCAUGAAUCCCUUCGAUGAGAUUGCUGUGGAAGAGGCACUUCGCUUGAAGCAGAAGAAGGUGGUCAGUGAGGUUAUCGCUGUCAGCUGUGGCCCGAAGUCGAGUCAGGAAACUAUCCGAACUGCACUCGCGAUGGGAGCUGAUAGAGGCAUCCACAUCGACUGUCCAGAAGAUACCGAGCCACUAGUCAUUGCCAAGAUCUUUGCAGGAUUGGCGAAGAAAGAGGGUGCUAACCUCAUUCUCACCGGUAAGCAAGCCAUUGACGGUGAUAACAACCAGACCGCACAGAUGACAGCGGGUAUCUUGGGCUGGCCUCAAGCUACUUACGCCUCUGAGGUGACAGUUGAUGCUGACGGAACCAAGGUAGUGCGUGAAAUCGAUGGAGGACUCGAGACUAUCACUACGUCACUCCCAGCUGUGAUCUCUGCCGAUCUCCGAUUGAACGAGCCCAGAUACGCCACCCUGCCAAACAUCAUGAAAGCUAAGAAGAAGAAGAUCGACAGUUCCAUUUCCCUUGCGGAUCUAGGUGUUGAGGCGAACAAGCGUGUAACAGUUCUGGAGGUCACCGAGCCUGAGGCUCGCAAGGCCGGUAUAAUGGUUGCAGAUGUCGAUGAGUUGGUGUCUAAGCUGAAGGAGGCAGGUGUAAUUAACUAAAUAAACUGCUGUGUACAUACAAUUUCUCUUAUGUCAAAACUACACCACAAGUUUGGAAUAACGCUUGCAACUUGCAGCUUCCUGAGGAUUAAAUGCUGGUGUAAAAAAAAAAUCAAACCGUUCAAAUAAAGUAUCGAGCAAGAUACAUGAGGAGAAUUCGAAGCCAAGUGGACCGAUUGAAUACAUCAAAUGGAAACUGUUGGUAAAAAUGUUGAGCCGGGAAAAAAAAUAGUAGGCUGGAAGGAGCUGAAUAGUUUAAUAUCAAUCCGUGCCCAUGUGCUAAACUAAUAUCACGGCAUAACAGAAAAUCGAGGUCGCAAGCACAUGCAUUUCAUAAAACAUGCGUUCAGACGGACACUGGAAAUAGGUGACACCAGUAGAGUUCUUUAAAGGGUAGUCAUUUGCUAGCAUGAUUUUUGAGCAGACAACGGGAUUUCAAUGAAUUCUAGGGUAGAUACCAUUACUCCCGGGCAAUUGUCUGCUGUAGUUUAGCCGAAAAGGGGUUCAAAUGAGCUGAUAAACAGUUAUCCGGAACUAACACAUUUGAUUAUUAAACCUUGGUUAUCAGAGCGGAAAAUCGAACUUGAUACACAUAUCACUGACCAUGGGUGAUUCGAGAGUAAUUGAUAGAGCCCGGCUGUAUGACGGGGCCAACUGCUUGAGCUUUUACUCAAGUAUUCCUCCCAGAAUCUCUGCU